AUGGAAAGGACAUCAGUCCCUCAAGGGCUAACCGAAGAAGAAUUCAAGGAAUUGGAGCCUGUAAUUCGUACCUACCACACGUUCGACGAAGUCCCCAACACAUGUACAUCCCUCAUUACGCAGCGCAUUGACACCCUGGCGGAGGCAGUUUGGACGUUCGUCCGCCGCUUCGACAACCCACAAAAGUACAAGCACUUUACCAAGAGCUGCCGCAUGAUUGGAGACGGCGGAGUUGGCAGCAUCCGCGAGGUGACGGUGGUUUCAGGCCUCCCCGCCUCCACCAGCACCGAAAGACUGGAGAUUUUGGAUGAUGAGAAGCAUAUACUGAGUUUUCGAGUUGUGGGUGGAGAGCACAGAUUGAACAACUAUCGAUCUGUUACAUCUGUUAAUGAAUUCAAAAAAGAUGGGAAAGUUUAUACAAUUGUUUUGGAGUCUUAUAUAGUGGAUAUACCAGAGGGAAAUACUGGAGAAGACACAAAAAUGUUUACUGAUACAGUUGUGAAGCUGAAUCUUCAAAAGCUUGGGGUGGUGGCAAUGACCUCUUUGCAUGGACAUGAAUGA